AUGGACUUCGCGAUGCCUCCCCUCUCUGGGCUCUUCAAUAUUAUAUCCCCUGUUGUUGCCGGCGGAGCGAUCCCCUGCCGCAUUUAUUCGCUUGUUGAAGAUUCCCAAGCUGGCCAUCCUAGUAUCCUUCCAACCCUAUCCCACCCAUUCACUGGCUACAUUGCUACUUUAUUCGAGUUUCCGCUUACUGCUACUUGCUGUCUACUCCUCCCCUUUCGCACGCCCACUGCCUACUUGCCUACACUGCAAUACCCGCAAGAGGCCAGCACUUCUUUGGCGAUAGAGCCCUCUCAACCUUCGUCACUCUUAAACCUAUUCCAUCCGCCAGUCCUCAGCUCUACCGCGCAGUACCCCCAGGACGGAAGUGCCUUUUUCCAGUCUCAAGCGGCUGGUCAUCAUCACCUCUAUCCGGGUAUAGACGUCCGCUCUCGACUGGGUUCCAACUCUCCUUCUUCUCUGGCCAUCUCGUCUGCUGUGUACAAGCAAAGACAAAGACAUGAGCUGGCUCUAUCGAGCAUUGCAGACAGAGUAGGAACUGACUGCUGCCGGCAGCAACUCAUCUACGACGGGGAUGGCACAUCCCUAUCCCUCUUCACAUCGCACCCCAGGCCUCCCGCACCCUGGUCCCCCGAUCAGUACUCGAGAACACCAAGAGGAAGACAUCCGCUGUCACCAACAACAAGCCCCAACGCGGGCUUCUCGGCUCCAAGUAUGGGCUCCAGCGGGUACGGCGGUAGGUCGACUCAGAACAACAUUCCUCCCCUGCAACCAGUUCAUAUGCUAGGAAGCCUUCAAUACAACGAUGGCGCAGGAACACCUGUCAAGGUGGAUAUUUCAGGUAUCAUUGACAAGGGCUUCUUUUUAUCGGAGAAUGAGUGGACGUGUUAUCGCAGGAACUACUUCUCUUGCGUCUGCUCCUUUUCUCUGAGCCCUCACAUCCCCAACGUCACUAUCCAGUACACUGCUAGUGGCUCAUCACAACCCGUUCCGAUCUUUGGAUUCGCCAUGUCCAUCUCCGCAGUUGUCUCCGACAAUGAGCAGCACAACAUCGACCUGGUACAGCAUACGCCAAAGAGAGACAAGGGGCCCAUAAUGAAGCCUGAAAAAGUUCGGCUCAGCAACAAGCCCCCACAGGCAAGCCACCACCACCAUAUGGGCAUGUUCUCAGAGUCGGUCGUACCCAAUCGCCCUGUAUACCCCGACAAUUUCAGCAAUCAGCCCGGCAGCCAACAGUUACCCACAGAGCACACGUUUGAGCGCAUUCAAUUCAAGCAAGCUACCCAGAAUAACGGGAAGCGCAGAGCUGCUCAGCAAUACUACCAACUGGUUGUCGAGCUCUGGGGCGAGGUAGCUAAUCAGAGCAGUGGUGAUCAAUACGUCAAGAUAGCCACACGUAAGUCGGCCAAGAUGAUUGUCCGAGGCCGCUCGCCGGGCCACUAUCAAAACGACAGACGCGGAAGCCAAAGCAGCGGACCUGGAGGAUCGUCGGGCAACAUGGGAGGCUACACCGUCAGCGGCAUGGCCGACUUCAAUAACCCCAUGAUGGGCGGUCCAAGCUACGCGACAGGUGGUUUCGACGCCCGCAGCAGCCUCUAUGGUGUCCGUCAUCACGAUAUACCGCACGAGUCGAUGAUUCCUCAGGAGGAUUCCAAGGCCAUCGUUACGACCCGAGAGUACCAGUACUACCCAGCCCCAAUGUACGAGGCGCAGAGCGACCGGAUCGAGCUAUUCAACCCCCGUGGGGAGCGCGAUCAUAACGUUGUGCCGCACAUGGCCACCGGGAUGGACAUGAGUGGCAAGAUCAAGCAUGACUACGACGGCGCCGCUCUACCCAGCAUCUUCCACCCACCAGCUCAGAUUAAUGAUCGUCCGCCAGGACCCUUCGAGGGCAAGUCAACCUCGAGCGGGUACUACCCCAUCCCGUCGUCCGGCAUCAACAUGACCAUGACAUCAUGA